AAUAAAUACCCUCCUGUUCUGCGGUUGCAAAUCAGAAAGGAAUUCGCAAGAAGAAGCGUAGAACGGCGUAUCCUCUCCCAAGAGAAGUUAGGGUUUAUAAUUGUUGGAGUUUCUUGUGCAGUUGAGCGAGCCAUUUACCAUGAUCUACGACGUCAACUCUCCUCUGUUCCGUUCUUUCCUCAGCCAGAAGGGUGGCACUUCGGACAAGAGGAAAAUGGAGGAGCAGAAGCCCAAGGAACAGAGGUUCAAAGCAAAUGAGAAUAAGCCAGUUAUGACAGAGUAAGGCAUUAUGCGAACAAGCAAGUUCUUUGGGGUCCAAGUAGUGGAAUAGCCUAUGAUAGCACGGAUAACUAGUCUGAGUGUUAUUGUAAUGCGUUUAAUAUGUCGUGUAUUUUGUUAUGAAAGAACCUCUUAGUCCGUGAUUUCGAAUCAAUUGUCUGCACGAUUACUAUGGAGUUUGUUAUGAGCAUAUGACUCUUUUGAUGAGUGUGGUAUGGUUUCGCAAUCUUGUCAAAGAGAUGCUUUCAUCGCUCUUGUGCAUUACAUUUUCAUUUUUCUGCCCAUUAAAUUCUAGUUCAUCUUUUUCAGACAUCCCU